AUGGCUGGCGACGAAGAACAUAAAUCCCAACACCAACUCGUGCAGGGUUCAGCAACUUCCAGGGCUACAGCACCAUGGGAGAACUCUACUCACCCACUCUUUAUCCACCACUCAGACCAACCGGGGGUCAUGUUGGUUUCUGAGCCUUUGGCGGAGGACAAUUACUCAAUAUGGGCACCUACGAUUAUGAUGGCACUCGAAAUCAAGAACAAAGCUGGAUUUGUAAAUGGAACUCUUAAAAGGUCACAAAUCAACAAAGAAGAAGCUCUUCAAUGGGACAGAUGCAAUACUCUCGUAAAGAAUUUGCUCAUCUCGUCUAUGACAAAGACCAUGUCCAAAUCUGUGAUUCACCGCAACAUACACAACUGUGAGCAGGGAGGCCGUUCAGUCACGACCUACUACACGGACUUGAAAGGGAUGUGGGAUGAGAAAGACGUUCUAUAUUCCUUUCCUUCAUGCACCUGUGAUGCAGCGGCAGAGAUUAACAAAUUCAUGGAGGCAUAG